AUGGACUCUCCACGAGGAUCAAACUUGGACACUGGCAAGUCGCCAACUCCACCCGUAGGCUUUCGCCCACAAAACGGUGGAAUCAUCAAGGUGCAGCCACCGCGUCGAGAGGAUCUUCAACCCUCGUAUGCGCAGACUCUUCAGGGCGACAAUGAUACAGAAACCCAUGGCUGGUAUGGAUCUAUGAUCAACUCCUUGGGAAGCUGCAUUGGUUUCAUGGGCGCCAUUCCCUGCUGCGUUAUCUGCCCCAACCCCUACAAGCCUGUGUCGCAAGGUAACGUGGGUCUGGUCACCAAGUUCGGUCGCUUUUCUCGAGCGGUUGACCCUGGGUUGGUCAAGAUCAAUCCGUUGUCUGAACGACUCAUCCAAGUCGAUGUCAAGAUCCAGAUUGUAGAGGUGCCACGUCAGGUGUGCAUGACCAAGGACAACGUUACACUCAACUUGACGUCGGUCAUCUAUUAUCACAUUACGUCUCCUCACAAGGCAGCUUUUGGUAUCUCCAACAUCCGUCAAGCCUUGGUGGAGCGAACUCAAACAACCCUGCGACAUGUCGUGGGUGCGCGUGUCCUGCAAGAUGUCAUUGAGCGUCGUGAGGAGCUUGCCCAGUCGAUCGGCGAAAUCAUCGAGGAUGUCGCUUCCGGAUGGGGUGUCCAGGUCGAGUCUAUGCUGAUCAAGGAUAUCAUCUUCAGCAACGACCUCCAGGACUCGCUCUCCAUGGCCGCCCAGUCCAAGAGAAUCGGUGAAUCCAAGGUUAUUGCAGCCCGUGCUGAAGUCGAAUCCGCCAAACUCAUGAGACAAGCGGCCGAUAUCUUGAGCUCUGCUCCUGCCAUGCAAAUCAGAUACCUCGAGGCAAUGCAAGCCAUGGCCAAGACUGCUAACAGCAAGGUCAUCUUCUUACCAGCCAACAAUCAAACCAUUGGGCCAGAGGCUAUGAACGCGGCAUUGCAACAACCAAGCUCAGGAGAGGCCAGUGGCUAUAACUCGAGACACCACACCGGCAACAACCCUUUCAGCGGCGAGACCAACGAUGGCUUUCAGCAAGCGAUGAAUGCCCGAGUCAUUGAGAACAUCUAG